AGAACCGGCGGAUUGUACUUGUUUUUGUAGGUCAUUAACUGAAUCAAUGUUGGUGUAAAACCACGUCUCGCUUUUAACUGGUAAGUACACGUAACACUCGUUCGACGUGUUCACGACCACUGUAUUUACAAGCUUUACUCAGCGAGCGAGCACGAAGGAUCUCGUUUCAACGUUGACUCAAGUCUCGCGAGACGGGAGACACCGAGAUGUCCGCACCGGCUAGCAGCUGCCAGCUUCACGAUGGCCAAGGUAAAGCGACUACAUGAUGAGGUGUGAUGAUGGAGGAUGUCGUCGUUCAUCAUUGUCUUGAAGGCUCUGAUGGACUGGGGGAUUUAAUUGCAAUCACAGAGAAGCUCUUGCUUCCCUUUGCCUGCCGCCCCCCUGCUGUCUUCACGCCGUGGUUCUCCUCCUCAUCAGCAAGACGCCCUCCGCCUAUCAGACCAGCUAAAAGUGCCCCCGUCAUCAACGCGGGGGAUUUCAAGUGUCUCCAUGAUGCUUCAAAAGAUGGCGGCCGGAUCCCUGGAACAUCAAACUGUCUCGCUUCUGACAAGAAAAGCAUUGCUGUCAAGCGGUCCUGGAAUGUGUUGGCUUCCAAAGAUGCAUAUCAGCCCUCGCCGUCUCUCUCGAAACGCUUCCGUCACACCCUGUCCUUGCAUGCGCUGCACCCGCUCCAGAGGUCCAAGUGGGUCAUCAGUCAGCAUAACUGCGGCGCUGCCCGAGACAUCGAAAAGGUGUGGGAAGCCCUGAGCAGAGCCACGCGGGGAGGCGGAUUGCCCACAUGCAACGCCAACAUCCAGCGCGAGCGGGCUGAGAUCUGGGUGUUCUGCGACGUAGCGUACUCUGAGCAGGUGGGCCUCUUCCUGAAGCGACGUCUACAGCUGUUGGGCAGCAUCCGGCUGCACGUGCGCAAGUUUGGAGAUAUCCUCAGCUUGUAGCUUGAAGUUUGAUUUCUGAAGUUUUGUGUCAUUUAAAGGCAGCUUUUUUUUUCCCUGAAAAUCACGUGUAAUUAUGAAAUGAAUGAUUUCAGUGUAUUUUAACACAUCUAAAAUAACUCCAUAUUUCUCAUAUAAUGAAAUGAAACGUUUUAUAAUGUACUUUUAUUAAUAUGAAAUUGUAAUGUGUACUUUAAUUUUACAAGAAUCUCCAUGUAAUUUACAUUUUAAUAAUAAAGGAGGUGAAAACUUUUUUUUUCACAAUUUAAAACA